AUGGAAGCUGCGGAAGCUGCCGAGCCGCGGGACAAGUGGGGUUACAAGAUCGAGUCCAUUCUCUCGUGCCUCUCUCUUUCCCUCGGCCUCGGGAAUAUCUGGAGGUUCCCGUACCUCAUCUACAAGAACGGAGGCGCUGCGUUCCUGGUGCCAUAUGUGCUCCUGCUCACGGUGCUCGGACGUCCCAUGUACUUCUUGGAGCUCAUUAUGGGACAGUUCUGCAGCUCCUCUGCCAUCAAGUCCUUCGCAUGCGUGCCGCUUGCUCAAUGCGUGCCCGUGGUCAUGAUGUACACCGUCUUCCUCACGAGCAUCUACUACAAUGUGAUUUCGUCCUACGCGCUCGCCUACUUCUACUACUCCUUGUGGAAAGUGCAGCCCUGGACCACGUGCAACCCGGAAUGGACGAACGAGUACUGCUUCGUUCAAGGAUCGGUAUUCAAAUCCUGUAAGGAAGCCAACGAAUCUCUGCUAAUUCUUUUCGGUCGCGUAAACUCCACCGAAAGUGACGCGGUCGCCAUCAACAACGGCUCCGUGGUCAUCAUGGUGCCUCGUGACGAAUUCGAGUCCAGAUACAAGGGAUGCAAGAAUGCGAACGAGACCUCGAUGGAGCAGUUCUUCUACAAGCGAUUCCUGGGCCUUAGCUCGGGAAUUACCGAACCUGGUGGUGCCCAGGCCGACCUAUUCGUCGCGCUUCUUGUGGCCUGGUUUGUCGUCUUCAUUGCCGUAUGCAGAGGAAUCCGAUCUUCCGGAAAGUUUUAUUCGGUGCCCAUGGUCGUUAGGCAGCUGUUACUGUUUCUUGCUAAAUAA